AUGUCAGAACUGUUUUCAGAAAAAUCUUCGGAAGGCGAUACGAAUCACCAACCUGAAAUUGCCAAAUUGGUGCCUGCUCUCGAUCCAGACCUCGAUAAUCACUCCAUCUCCGAAUUCACUUCGCAUUCUCAACCAUGGUGGAAAGUAAAGCAUCUUUGGUUCCUCAACUUCUGUAUUUUUGUGGUGACUCUCUCGUCAACCAAUAAUGGUUACGACGGAAGUAUGUUGAACGGGUUUCAGUCGUUACAAACUUGGGAAACAAAAAUGGGACAUCCUACCGGACACAUCUUGGGAGCUUUAGCAAAUGGUCAAGUUUUCGGUGGAAUAAUCGGUAUCUUUAUAGCACCAGCUUUGACUGAUAAAAUGGGCCGUUGGUGGGCAAUUGUAAUUGGUCAAAUUGUAUCGGUUGUGGGUGCAAUGUUACAAGGUGCAUCCACAAAUUAUGCCUUCUUUUUGGUUUCAAGAAUCAUAUUGGGAAUAGGAACCCUCAUUGCUGCGGUUGCUUCACCAACAUUAAUAUCUGAAAUCGCUUAUCCAACCCAUCGCCAAGUCGUUACUACCUGGUACAACACCAAUUGGUACUUGGGUGCGGUGAUAGCUGCAUGGGUAACUUAUGGUACAAGAAAUAUCAAAUCUUCCACUUCAUGGAGAUUGCCUAGCUACCUUCAAGCGGCCAUGCCAGCAUUGCAAAUCAGUCUCUUUUUGAUGGUGCCGGAGUCUCCAAGGUUUUUGGUUAGCAAAGGUAAAAUUGCCAAGGCAGAACAGGUUUUGGUGAAAUACCAUACUGGAGGGUCCACUGAUGAACGAGCCAAAAAUCUUGUCAAAUUUGAAUUGGGAGAGAUUGAAAAAGCCAUCAGAAUGGAGAAACUUGCUAACAAGACAAAAUAUACUGAUUUUUUCACAAGGAAAAGUUAUCGUCGUCGUCUCUUUAUUUGCAUGUUUCUUCCCGUCUUGAUGCAACUUUCAGGAAACGGACUCGUUUCGUUCUAUUUGCCCAAGGUUAUGGUCACCAUAGGCAUUACCGAUCCCGAUCGUCAGCUUCAAAUCAAUGGUUGCUUGAUGAUUUAUAAUCUUGUCGUUGCUAUCUUUAUCGCUUCGGUAGCAGGCUACUUUCGUCGGCGUACCAUGUUCUUGUUCGCUACCAUAGGAAUGGUGAUGACUUUUCUGAUUUGGACCAUCUUAUCAGCAAUCAAUGAGCAGCGAGAUUUUAAAGACAAGUCCUUUGCAAAUGGAGUAUUGGCUAUGAUAUUUCUCUUUUAUGUUGCAUUCAAUGCCGGAGCAAAUGGACUCCCUUUCUUGUACUUGACAGAGGUUUUGCCAUAUAGUCAUCGUGCCAAAGGAAUCAAUAUCGUACAAGGAGUGCUGCAAGUCAUUUCAAUCUUUAAUGGCUUUGUCAAUCCGAUUGCAAUGGAUGCCAUAUCUUGGAGAUAUUACAUCGUAUACUGUUGUGUGGAUAUGGUGGAAGUAAUCACUGUGUACUUCAUGUUCCCAGAAACCUCAGGUUAUACUCUUGAAGAGGUUGCAAAAGUUUUUGGAGAUGAUGCCGACCAUGAAAUUGCAAUGUUGGCUAGUCCUCACAAACUUUCUGUCGAGCACGUUGAACAUACUCUAGCCUAG